AUGAGCCAGCGCAAACGUCGGCAAUCGCCCGAUGAGGCUGCAAUCAAGGAAGAAGAAAAGCAAUAUGUAGUGGGUGGAGUAACCCUUGAAGAACUCGAUGAGAAGUAUCCUAAUCGCCCGCGCAACCACUCCCGGACAAUGCGUUUCUCGGAGCUCUUCCAAAGUCUUUUCAACCCUCUUAACGAGAAUAAGAAACAGCCUGCUGGAAGAGGACCUCCGCGUACGAAGAGAGGACCGCAUGGUCCCACUAAGCUUUCACCCCAGGAGCAGAGACGCCACAUCAUCGAGCGCUUCAUCUCGAGAUGGCGGAAUGAAGUAGGCAAUGACAUUUACCCGGCAUUUCGGCUCAUCCUUCCCGACAAGGAUAGGGACCGUGGCGUUUACGGCUUGAAAGAGAACACCAUUGGCAAGCUCCUGGUUAAGUUGAUGAAGAUCGACAAAAACUCGGAAGAUGGCUACAAUCUCCUUCACUGGAAGCUCCCUGGCCAUACCACUGCGUCGCGGUUAGCGGGAGACUUUGCAGGGAGGUGCUUUGAGGUUCUGUCGAAGCGACCCAUGCGAACUGAAGUGGGCGACAUGACGAUUGCCGAGGUCAAUGAAUUGCUAGAUAAGCUUGCCGCCUCGGCGGGAGAGCUGGAGAAUCUCGAGGUUUUUGAAGUCUUUUAUGAACGCAUGAAUGCAGAAGAGCUCAUGUGGUUGAUCCGCAUCAUAUUGAAGCAGAUGAAGGUCGGUGCAACAGAGAGGACCUUACUAAACCUAUGGCAUCCGGACGGAGAGACACUCUUCAGUGUGUCUUCCAGCCUCAGACGUGUCUGCUGGGAGCUUUCUGAUCCUCAGGUCCGGCUAGAGCAGGAGGAUACCGGAGUUACUCUCAUGGAAUGUUUUCAGCCCCAGCUUGCACAGUUCCAGAUGCCUUCCUCCUUCCAAAAGAUGGUUGAUUACCUGCGACCAACCGAAGAUGACCCUGAGUUCUGGAUUGAGGAGAAGCUGGAUGGAGAGCGCAUGCAGAUGCACAUGACGGAAGACUCAAGUGUCCCUGGGGGAUUCCGGUUUUGCUUCUGGUCCCGAAAAGCCAAGGACUACACAUAUCUUUAUGGUAACGGCCUCAAGGAUGAAAAAGCUGCUCUGACGCGACAUCUUGCAGGCGCCUUUGCGCUCGGGGUACGGAAUGUUAUUUUGGAUGGCGAGAUGAUCACUUGGGACCCUGAAAUCGAUAAGAUAAUGCCUUUCGGAACUUUGAAGACGGCAGCUCUGGCAGAGCAGACCAAUCCCUUCAACCAGAACGGUCCCCGGCCUCUCUACAGAGUAUUCGACAUCCUCCUGCUCAACGAUCAACCGUUGACACAAUACACUCUCCGAGACCGCCAUCGCGCAUUAGAAAAGGCCGUCAAGGGAGUUCACCGACGACUUGAGAUCCAUCAGUACGAAUCUGCCACAUCGCCGGACGCCAUCGAGCCGCUACUGCGCAAGGUGGUUGCGGAGGCAUCUGAAGGCUUAGUCCUGAAGAACCCGAGAUCAAUGUACCGACUCAAUAGCCGCAACGACGAUUGGCUAAAGGUUAAGCCGGAGUAUAUGACAGAGUUCGGAGAGUCGUUGGACUGUGUCGUUGUUGGCGGCUAUUACGGCUCCGGACGUAGAGGCGGUGCGCUUUCGAGCUUCCUGUGCGGGCUACGCGUGACUGAGAAUCACAUCCAAGCAGGCGCAAACCCAGAGAAAUGUUUCAGUUUCUUCAAAGUAGGCGGUGGUUUCAAGGCUGAAGACUACGCCGAGAUUCGUCACCGGACAGAUGGCAAAUGGCAUACGUGGGACUCGAAAAAGCCUCCAGUGGAGUACAUCGAACUGGCUGGAGACAGCCGCCAAUUCGAAAAGCCUGACGUAUGGAUCAGACCAAGAGACUCUUUCGUGCUCGAGGCAAAGGCGGCGAGCAUCGGCUCUUCGGAUCAAUUCGCUCUCGGCUUCACUUUGCGAUUUCCGCGCUUCCGCAGGCUGCGACCCGACAAAAGCUGGAACGAUGGGCUUAGUGUGCAGGAAUUCCAGGACCUUCGUAGGCGGGUGGAGGAAGAGGCAAAGGAGAAGACGAUGAGCGUCGAGAACCGCAAACGAAGGGCGACGAAGCGCGUCAAGCGUGAGUUGACCAUUGCAGGGACGGAGAACAUUCCUGCGCAGUUCAAAGGGGAGACAACGAAGCUAUUCGAAGGACUUGAAUUCUGCAUCUUGUCAGAGUCACUCAAGCCCUUCAAGAAGACCAAGGCACAGAUCGAGACGUUGGUCAAGGAAAACGGCGGACACAUUUCCCAGCGAGCGGUGGCCGGGUCUGGAAUGACUCUCAUAGCCGACAAGAACGUGGUCAAGGUUGCCAGUUUGGUGAAGGAGGGCCAAAAGGAGGGAGGUGUCAAUAUAAUCCGGCCGAUAUGGUUACGGGACUGCCUCGCCCAGAACGACCCGUUCAUUUUGCCAUACGAAGAGAGGCACCUCCUGCAUGCGACAGAGGCGAUGAAGACGGUUGCUAUCCAGAACACGGACAUGUAUGGCGACAGCUACGCUCGAGACAUCAGCAUUGAUGAGCUGCGGGUGAUCUUCAGGGAUAUGCCGAAAAAAGAACCUGACGCUGAACCAUUCAACAAGGGGCACUUUUUGAACCAGCUGGAAGAGCGGGGUCACGGGAUGGGUCGGCUGCAAGGGGCAAUGUUCCACCGAUGCAUUGUGCAUUUGUUCAACGCAACCAACAGCAGCGACGACGACGACAUCGGACUGUUGAAGCUCAGGAACUACUUGUUGUUUGGCAGUGCUCGCUUGACUCCCGACGUCGAGGACGAAGAAGCCACGCACAUUGUGAUUGUCGGAAGCGGGGACAAACUGAAGGAGGCAGCAGAGUCAUUGCGCAAGGAGGUCAGCACCCGCCGUAAGAUCCCGUAUAUUGUUACGGGAAGCUGGGUUGAGGAUUCCUGGAGUGAGAAGACGAUGGUGGAUGAAGAGAGAUAUACUCGUAUCUAA